UGCGAGCGGAGCACAAAAACAUCAACACAAAACCAUGCGUUUCAGCCAAAAGGCCCUCGGUUUCCAGCCAUGCGCAAACCCGCUGGAGAGCGAAGGCGGAGAGCCGAUGAGCGACGUGCGCUCCCCCAGUUCGGGGCCCUCCAGUCCCCUGUCUAUCCACUCGGAGUCCAGCUGCGCCAGUCCGGAGCCAAAGUCGGCCCCGGCGCAGCAGAGGGUCAGGAGGCCGCUGAACGCCUUCAUCAUCUGGACCAAAGAGGAGCGCAGGCGGCUGGCGCAGCUCAACCCAGACCUGGAGAACACGGAUCUCAGCAAAAUACUUGGAAAAACAUGGAAGGCUAUGCCCCUGGCCGAGAAACGGCCUUACAUGCAGGAGGCCGAGCGCCUGAGGGUCCAGCACACCAUCGAUUAUCCCAACUACAAGUACAGGCCCCGUCGGAGGAAGCAGCUGAAGAAGAGCCCCAAGCCGCAGUCUGCCGAAGCCUCUCCGCUCUGCAGCCCCGGCUUCAGCAUCCCCUACAACCUCACCUAUCUGCUCCAGAACCACCAGCAGCAGGCCUUCCAGAACCCACCUGCCUUCCCACAAUCCUCGCUGCACUGUAACAGAUACAUAAACCCUGCGGUGCACGACUCUGACGCAGCCGCGGCGGCGAACAGUUUCUCAAGCAGCGCCGCUGUGUGCCCGUACCCUCCUGCCUGCCAGGCACAGCCUCAGGCGUACUUCGGCUCCCAGCACGGACACCUGCAGCAUGGUUUGCCCUCUUCCGCAGGUCCUCCCAUGGACCAGAGGGAGUCCAGGGCCUACGGGCUCCAGCAGGGGCCCCCCUUGGACGUUUACUUGGAGCAGGUUCAGCUGGACACGUUGUACGACUUGGACCGCAGCGAGUUUGAACAGUACCUGGGUCCAAAACACCAGGGCUCGGAGCCGGCUGAACAGAGCUGCUACAGAGGACGCUCCGUGUAGGAAACGCUGCUCAGUAUGGUGUAUUUAUUUAAACUGUCUCAGUGGACUUCAUUAUUUUGGAUAGAUAUUAAAUGCUGAUUGGGUGUACAUGUUUGUUGAAACCUCUCGUGUUCCUAUAUGAUGACUCCGUUGUCUUCUCGUGUUAAAAUGAUAAAAUAAAGUCCCAAUAAAUAACUGUAAGUCACCUU